AAAAAUCCGUGGCCGUCCGGUUACAAGGACCAUUGAGUGCACAUGGUACUGGUCGUUUGGAAGUAUUCCACAGUGGACAAUGGGGAACAAUUUGUGAUGAUGGUUGGGAUUUAAAAGAUGCUAGAGUUGUAUGUCGUGAACUUGGCUAUAAAUACAUGUAUGCUAACGCUCUUCAUGGAGGUCAGGUUUCCGGCGGAAGUGGACAAAUAUGGUUAGAUGAUGUCAAUUGCAAUGGGAGUGAACAAAGUUUGGCCAAUUGUUCUCAUCCAGGUUGGGGAGUUCAUAAUUGCGGGCAUAGGGAGGAUGUCGGAGUAGAAUGUAAUUCGACAG